UCCGGCUCCUCACGGCAGAGGGGCGGCAGAGACUACAAUUCCUAGCGUACCUCGCGGCGCCCGCGCGUGCGUAGCGCGCUCGUCCGCCAUCUUGGCCCGAGUAAACGCCGUCGCCUCCGCCACCAAACAAACCCGAGCCCGGCACUGGCGAACGGUGGGGGGAGGGGUGCGGCUGCCGCGGAGCCUUCGAUGUACUGGGCACGGCCGGGCAGCGAGGCUGAGCUCUGUGGGAGCACAGACACAAGGGAAGGAUGCCUGUGGUGUGGCCUACUCUUCUGGACCUCAGUAGGGAUGAGUGCAAGAGGAUCCUUCGCAAACUGGAACUGGAGGCCUAUGCAGGUGUCAUCAGUGCCUUACGUGCACAGGGAGACCUUACAAAAGAGAAGAAGGAUCUUCUUGGAGAACUCUCUAAAGUGCUUAGUAUUUCAACAGAGCGACAUCGUGCUGAAGUUCGGAGAGCAGUAAAUGAUGAACGACUAACAACAAUUGCACACAAUAUGUCUGGACCAAACAGCUCUUCUGAGUGGUCCAUAGAAGGUCGUCGACUGGUGCCACUGAUGCCACGACUUGUUCCACAAACAGCUUUCACUGUGACCGCCAAUGCUGUUGCCAAUGCAGCCAUUCAGCACAAUGCGUCUCUUCCAGUUCCUGCAGAAACUGGAAACAAAGAAGUGGUGGUUUGCUAUUCCUACACAAGUACCACUUCAACCCCAACAUCUACCCCUGUUCCAAGUGGCAGUGUAGCAACAGUGAAGUCCCCCAGACCUGCCAGUCCAGCCUCCAAUGUAGUCGUCUUGCCAAGUGGAAGUACUGUUUACGUCAAAAGUGUCAGCUGCUCAGAUGAUGAUGAAAAGCCCCGCAAAAGACGGCGAACAAAUUCUUCUAGUUCUUCCCCUGUUCUCCUGAAAGAAGUCCCGAAGGCAGUGACUCCUGUCACUAAAACUAUCACAGUGCCUGUAAGUGGGAGCCCCAAAAUGAGUAAUAUAAUGCAGAGCAUUGCCAACUCCUUACCACCACACAUGUCGCCUGUGAAAAUAACCUUCACUAAGCCCUCAACACAGACAACAAACACCACAACACAGAAGGUCAUAAUAGUAACCACCUCUCCCAGCUCAACUUUUGUACCCAACAUCCUUUCCAAGUCCCACAACUAUGCAGCAGUUACAAAACUUGUCCCAACAUCAGUCAUUGCCUCAACUACUCAAAAGCAGCCCGUGGUUAUCACUGCUUCCCAGUCCUCUGUGGGCAGCAGCAGCAGCUGCUCCACUCCCUCCUGCACUGCAAAUACUAUUGCUGUGACUGCUGUAGUGUCAUCCACACCGUCAGUGGUUAUGUCAACAGUAGCACAAGGUGUAUCUACAUCAGCUGUUAAAGUUGCCUCUACCAGACUACCUUCCCCAAAAGGUUUGGUUGGGAAUCCAACUCAGAUCUUAGCACAGUUUCCCAAACAGCAUCAGCAGUCUCCCAAACAGCAGCUGCACCAAGUCCAGCAGGCCCAACAGCAGCAGCAGCAACCGCAGCAGCAGCAGCUGGUGCCGUGUUCUGUAGCCCAGCAGCAGCCACAGCAAUCUCAGCUGCCAGCUGGCAUCAAGCCCACCAUUCAGAUCAAACAGGAAUCAGGUGUUAAAAUAAUCACUCAACAGGUGCAGCCCAGUAAAAUCCUUCCCAAACCAGUUACAGCGACCUUGCCCAGCAGUAGCAAUUCACCCAUUAUGGUGGUUAGCAGUAAUGGGACUAUCAUGACAACUAAACUGGUCACUACUCCCACUGGAACUCAAGCAACUUAUACACGGCCAACGGUGAGCCCCUCUCUGGGAGCUCGGAUGGCUGGAACUCCAGGAGCUGCUACUUAUGUGAAAACUACAAGUGGUAGCAUCAUUACCGUAGUACCAAAAUCACUGGCUACGCUAGGAGGAAAGAUCAUCAGCAGUAAUAUUGUUUCUGGAACUACGACCAAAAUCACUACAAUUCCAAUGACAUCAAAACCCAAUGUGAUUGUUGUGCAAAAAACUACUGGAAAAGGAACUACAAUUCAAGGGCUUCCAGGCAAAAAUGUUGUCACAACACUGUUGAAUGCUGGGGGGGAGAAAACUAUUCAGGCAGUGCCAGCAGGAGCAAAACCUGCUAUCAUCACUGCCACAAGACCCAUCACAAAAAUGAUUGUUACACAGCCAAAAGGAAUAGGGUCCACGGUCCAGCCAGCCACCAAAAUCAUCCCAACUAAAAUUGUUUAUGGUCAACAAGGGAAAACACAGGUCCUCAUAAAACCAAAGCCAGUGACAUUUCAAGCAACAGUUGUGAGUGAACAAACCAGACAGCUGGUGACUGAAACGUUACAGCAGGCUUCAAGGGUAGCAGAGACAGGAAACUCAUCUCUCCCAGAAGUGAAAGAAGAACCACAAACCUACACUGACAGUAGUUCUUCUUCUACAGAGUCUUCCCAGAGCUCUCAAGAUUCUCAGCCUGUAGUCCAUGUGAUUGCUUCAAGAAGUCAAGAUUGGUCAGAACAUGAAAUUCCUGUGGACACAAACCCUACAAUAAUUUACCAGGAUGUAUCUAGCGAAUCUCAGUCAGCUACUUCCACAAUAAAAGCUUUACUGGAACUUCAGCAGACAACAGCAGUGAAGGAAAAGUUGGAAUCAAAGCCAAGGCAGCCUACCAUUGACUUGAGCCAAAUGGCUGUACCAAUCCAGAUGACUCAAGAAAAGAGGCAUUCUCCAGAAAGUCCUUCAAUUGCUGUGGUAGAGUCAGAGUUAGUGGCUGAAUAUAUCACAACUGACUCAGGAAGACAACACUGUAUUGGUUCACAUUCGGAAGAAUAUCUACACAACCAUAUAGUCAGUCAUCGGUCCCAGCCCCACCAGUCAUCUCAGCCCCAGAGGACUCUGGUGCAGCACGUGGCUCAGUCACAGACAGCAACGCAGACUUCUGUUGUGGUGAAAUCUAUUCCUGCAUCCUCCACUGGCGCCAUUACCCAUAUCAUGCAGCAGGCCUUAAGCAGUCACACUGCAUUUACCAAACACAGUGAACAACUUGGAACUGAGGAAGGAGAAGUGGAAGAGAUGGACACCUUAGAUCCUCAGACUGGCCUGUUUUACAGAUCUGCCCUGACACAAUCACAGGCACAAAAGCAGCAAAAACUGAGUCAGCCGCAGCUGGAACAGACUCAACUGCAAGUGAAAACUCUGCAGUGUUUCCAGACUAAGCAGAAGCAGACAAUCCACCUGCAGGCUGAUCAAAUCCAGCACAAACUCCCACAAAUGCCCCAACUUUCCAUAAGGCAUCAAAAGCUAACCCCCCUGCAGCAAGAGCAAGCACAGAACAAACCAGAUGCACAGCACCCCCCACAUCAUAUGAUGGCCAAAGAAAGGCAACUCCCUACCUUAGUGGCACAGCCACAGCAAACUGUAGUACAGGUGCUUGCAGUAAAAACCACGCAGCAGCUGCCCAAACUGCAACAGGCACCAACGGCACAAAAAAUCUACGUGCAACCCCAGCCCCCCCAGAGUCAAAUGCAGCUACCUGCCUCUUCAGAGAAACAGCCAGCAAGCCAGGCAUCCACGGAGACAUCAGUAGCAGAUAUAUUGAGAGUGUCUAUGGUGGAAGCUCAGAUUGAUGCAAACAUAGAACAUACGAUAGUGGAUCCCCCAAACAAGGCCACGUCCACUAGUAAACCUGCUAGUGAAGCAGAGUCGUCACCUUGUACCCAGGGCCCGAGGGUGGCUGCAGUAGGGAUGACGGCACCUUCCAUCCCCCAGCAACAGACACAUACAGAAUCCGGCUCAAGUCCUCCUGCUGUUGGUCCUACUUUAACAGAGAGGAAACUCGAUGCACGAGGAAUACCUACAACAAACCAGUUUAUACACAUUCAGAAUAUAUCACAAAAGAAAGCUGAAGAGAGCUCAUCAGAAUUUGUUGUCCAGACUAUCCCUCACUAUCCCAUCCCUUGUCACUCCAGCUCCAAUGUGGUGGUGGAACCCAGCGGGCUCCUGGAGCUCAACAACUUCACCAGUCAGCGCCUCGAUGAUGAGGAGACAGCAAUGGAGCAAGAUGUGGACAGUAGCACUGAGGAUGGCACUGAGCCCAGCCCCUCUCAGAGUUCUGUUGAACACUCCUAAGGAAUAGAGACACUGGAGUGUACUUUAAAAUAUCUUGGAAUUUUGAGCAUCCAAGAUGUCCUUCUAUUGUGAUGUCUUAGAGCACUUUGCCUAUUAGAAUUGUUCAUUGGACUCUUGAAGCAUCAGUAGGUUUUAACAAGACAGUAUUGCAAAAGCUGAAUCUUAAAAACUGUUUUGGAAAAAAAAAAAAAAGAGACCUGUGUAGGUACCAAGAUUUAGUAAACCUGUGACAGUGGAAUGUACUCCUGUUCAAAAACAAAUCUGUAAUGAAUUCUCUGGCUUGUGCUAUUGAAGCCCUUGCCCAGAUACUGAAACAGCUUUAAGUGAAAAGGGAUCAUUAUUUUGCUGUGUCUUUUUAGCUGUUGAGCAAAACACCAUUAAAAAAGGAAAACAUUUAAUAAAUAUUUUUAUUUUCAAAUAGCAUGUGAGAGAAAAAAUGUCUCUGACAGUGCUGGAAAAGCCUCAGGAAUUUUGGAAUUGGUUGGCUUUCUAGCACUCAUGCUCACUUAAAAUUUUUUUUCAGAAGCUUAAAAUAUUUUUUUUAAAUUCUUGUUGGUGAAUGUUUGGAAAUAAGCAAAACCGCCAAUUGGUAGCAAAGUGGAUUUGCUAGUGGAGUUUUGUUUUCAUGCUUUACAAGAAGUAGAGUAAUAGUAGAUGAGGCAUUUCUUUCUGCCAUAAGCAUGCAAAAUGCUCAUCUACUCUAGUUAACCUUUGAUUAUUUAUUUAAAUACAAAAUUUAAAGUGAGACAAGUUGUUGAAAAACGUUCCUGUGUAUUAAUUAGGCAGUUGUAUUAAUUCUAGUACAAACCAGGGAGAAGGAGGUGCAUUUUGCUGUUAAUCAGUUUUUCAAAAUUGGGGAUAAAUAGUUCAACAUCUUUCCAAGUUGGACUUGAGAAUUUAGAAGUGAGCUAAGACUUCUAAAGAUCUAUAUUUUACUCUUACAUGCUGUUUUUAAAAUUGACCAUUUGGGAAGUUUAAAAGCUUAAAUGGGUACACAGUGGUGGGUUUCCAAAAUUAGCCUUAUGCCUUGGCUUGUUGAAGCAAUACAUUGGGGUUUUGUGGUAGUUACAAGUCACAGAGAGCGGUUUGGGUUCAGAUGGGACAAGAGAACCAGUUUUAAUACAUUCUGGUAAUUGCGACAAUACUUUUUUUUUUGGUCAAAAUGUAUAUAAAACCAUGUUUUUAACUGUUUUGUAUAGAUUUCAUUAUAAAUAACUAAGCAUUUUAUGACUUUGACAUCAUUUAAUUGUAUAUAAAUGGGUAAGCCUAACCGCCCACGUUUUGGUGCUGAAGUACUGUAAGUAGAUUUCAUCCAAAGUCUAAUACA